ACGUGGACCUAUAUUGAGAGAAGACGGCCACAGAUACCCAUGACAGCUACAGGAGUGCUUGUAUCCGUAAUGGAGGGUCCUAUACUGAUCAUGUUGUCAGAAGAUUAGGGGGUGAUUCUGUUGUGGAAUGGCGGAAGGAAGCGUGGAUCCGUUGCAUGGCAACAGUGCUGUCGACAUCAAGUUCAUGGUAGAGAAUGUUUAUCGUGAUGCCAUCAUUCGGCAGGUUCGAUGUGGAUCUUUCAUUGCACACAUGUGUUUCCCUCAGAACAAGACAGAGAACAUCAGAGCGAUUUUAUCCAAAGAAAACCACCAUCAACAAAUGAAAGCCACAGAACUCUUUCUGGACUACCUCAAAGAUGGCAAAGAACCAAAGGACUAUCUUCUCUUCGUCCAGCUGCUGGAGGAAAAUGAGUAUGACUCCAUAGCCAAAGUGCUUAGAGGAGAGAGUACUCUUGAUGGAGAAACUCACAAGGAGCAGCUUAGACUUAUCCAGUUCUUCUCCGAGGACAUCAGUAAAGAGAUAGAUUUCAACGUAAUGUUUCCAAAACUCUUGGAGGAUGAUUGGUUGGACGACGAAGACAGUCAAUUGCUCCAAAGCUUGGCUAAAAACACUGGGAAGAUCCCUGCUGCCAGGUGGCUGGUCCUGGUGGUUCUGCCUCGCCGGAAGGAGAACUGGUUCAAGCUGUUCCUCCAGCUGCUAGAGGACCACGGGUACCAGGAGCUGUUUGACUGGAUCCAUGGAGACUCAACUGAAGAAAGUCAAAAUGAGGUCUACAGCGGCGAUAUGUCUGUAGACGAAGUUGAUGGCACAGUUAGAAUGAAUGUAGUCACUGCUUCUGGCGAUGGAUAUAGUGACAGUGGCGUUAAUGACCCGGCCCCAGAAAAUAACCUCAGCAUCCCUGGAUCAGGCGGGAAUAUGAACAUUAACGUAUAUGACAGGUUGAAAAGUGCUUACAGUGAUCCCGAGAGCGUCAACAAGUGGAGGGAGUCUUCAAUGAAAACUCAGCCAGAUCGGCAUGAUAUCCGUGACGACGUGAGCACAGGGACUGGUUCAAGCUGCGAAGACAAUACACUUUUGGAGUUCGAUAUAGAUGAAUUAAGUAUGACUCCCGAAAUGUUGGCUGCACGCGACAAGAUUCAGAGCCUUGAGAACAGACCCUACCAGGAUGAGUUGGUGAGGGCAGCUGCCGGCGGGGACAGCGUUAUCAUCGUAGCACCCACUGGCUGCGGCAAGACGGUGGUGGCCUUGAGAAUAAUGCAGGAACAUCUAACUAAAAUGAAAGGAAAAGGGUUGCCCAGCAAAAUUGCAUUUUUCGCCAAUGAGGUGACCUUAGUAGACCAGCAGCAUGAGUUAUGCCAAGGUCAUCUUGAUUCCAAGUACAAAACUACGAAGAUUGUUGGGGAAACAAAAUACACGAGUGCGGUCACCACCAAGGAGCUGUUAGCGCAAAGUGACCUGCUUGUUAUGACGCCGCAGAUCAUCGUUGAUGCCCUGGAGAACAAGACCCUGGAAUCUCUCUGUGUCUUCAGCCUCAUCAUCUUCGACGAGUGUCAUCACAUCCGUGAGAAACACCCAACAAACAAAAUAAUGAUUCAUUACAUGGGAAUGAAACAGUCCUCUGACACAAAUAUGAAGCUACCACAGGUCGUGGGCCUCACAGCAUCGGUCGGGGUGGGGAAGAUGAAGGAGGGUGAUGGAGCUAAAGGAGCUCUGGCACACAUCAUACAUCUGUGUGCAAACAUGGAUGCCAAGGGAGGGAUCGUUACUGUUCGAGAACAUAAAGACAGUCUUGCAGAGUAUGCGAAUCAUGUGGAGAGUGCGAUUGAAAUGGCAAAGGAAAGGACAUCUGACCAAUUUAAAGACUGCAUAGUUGCGAAAAUCAUGGGACCCAUUGAGGAAAGAAUUAUAGAAGAACACGGCAAAUCGACUGAUAAACUGAAUCACAUCAAGAACAUAGCCAAGGAGGUAAUCCCGUGCCUGGCGAAGGGAACAUGCUGGUACACACAGUGGCUCGGCAAGCUGUACAGUGACAAGUUCCUCAGGAUAAAGGAUCCGACGCUUAGAAGGUUCUUCUUGACGUGUGUAAAACACCUCAGUGUCUAUAACAAAGCACUGACCCUCAACGUGGAUUGCCGUGCACACGAUGCCAUUAACUAUGUUGUGACUCAAAUGAGCACCAUAUAUCCUGCGAGGCAGUUUAGAACAUCCACUGACGAUUGGCUCUUCUCGCUGUAUACUGAUAACCGUGAGAAGCUAAAAGCCGAAUCUGCACCUGAUAGUAACGUGAACCCUAAGCUGAUAGUGCUUAGAUCCCUCAUGGUGGAUCAGAUCAAGAAGAAGAAGGACUCUAGAAUCCUUGUCCUUGUGAAAACGCGUGACCUAGCACGAGCACUAGUGCAAUGGAUGUUGGAAGAUCCUGGAAUGAGAAAGUUGUCUCCCGUUGUUGUCACUGGAUGUGGAGCCACAACGGACCAAGGAGGCAUGACACGCAAUCAGCAGUUGGAGGCUGUGAGGAAUUUCAAGUGGGGCACGAGUCGUAUUGCAGUAGCUACAUCAGUGGCAGAGGAGGGGAUGGAUGUUGCAAAGUGUAGCAGGGUCAUCAGAUACGAGUAUGUGUCAAACGAGAUAGGAAUGAUACAGGCAAGAGGAAGAGCAUCACGUGUUCCAGAUGGAACAUACGUCACACUCACCAGCAAAGACGACGUUGCAAAGAAGGAACAGAGCAACAUGCGUCUGGAAUCGGUCAUGAAUGAAGCAGUGAAUAUUCUACAGAAACAAAUUCAGGAAGAUCCGGUAGCAUUUGGUGAACAAAUUGAAAUGUUCCAGAAAGAGGACAAGGUGUCCAGGGAAACAGAAAGAAUCAAAGAAGCAAAGCAGCCUUUCACUGACGAGGUAUAUAGCCUUCAUUGUUAUAAAUGCGAUGUAUUUGCCUUCUUGUCAAGCGAUAUCAGAGUGGUUGCAAAUUCCCAUCGCCUUGUUAUAACUCCAAAUGUCUGGAAGUUAGUUGACGAACAGACACCUGAAGGAAAGGAUGUAUUUGAUCAUGUGAAGAAAGUUAGUGCUGUUUAUUGUAAACGAUGUAAAGCUAGAUGGGGCAGUGGUGUGAUGUACAAGGAGGCCAAGUUUGUAUGUAUAUCGAUCAACAACUUCAUGACGUACAAUUCCAGCAAAAUAUCCUAUCGCUUUAAAAAAUGGAGAAAAGUCCAUUUCAAGUGUCCCGACUUAACGGAUGAGGAUGUUACGCAAUACAAACCCUAGAUGGGAGGUUAAUUUGGAAGGGUGAUGCAGGAUGAAUUUGUUAUUUCAUCAUGACAGAGUGUUUCAUAAUUGAAAGAAACUUUCUUUUCUAUUUUCAACUUCCUGUCGCAAAAGACCUGGGUACUAGCCUAAAGCUAUGUCAGAUACAUUUUUGUUCCAUUAAAAAGGGCAGAAUUUGCAUUACAUUAUUUCCAAAUAUGCGAUGAACUCGGAACCCGGGGGUUCAUGUGUAGAAAUAUCCGUUGUUCAGGAGUAGUAUAGUACUAAAGUGAUAAUAACUCUCAUAGGACCUCAUCUUUAUUCCAUUUAACACUACAAUGACAAGUUAAAAUGUGUAUAUCAUUGACAAUAGAGUAUGUGAUGACAAUUGACUAUUAGUUGUGUCAGUGGUAUUUUUUAUUAUGGGUUAAUUACAUCUAACCACUGUUCUAUGUUUUUUUACAGUUUUGUUACAUCAUAUGAUUUUAAACAAUAGUUAAGCUAUUUGUAAAGUGUAUACGUAGACGUUUCCAGGCAAACUUUAUCAUGUGUACUUCAUUACAAUGUCUUAAUGAGUGGUUAUUUACAUUUUGUUUGCACUUUAUGUAAUGUAAGUGCUAUUCGGUUGGAAGGAGUGCUUUUAAGUGAUGAUUUCGUGGACUAGAUAUACAUUGUCUUUUAUAGGGUUCGCCCUUGCUUGAACGUUUUUUAUAGAUGGGUUUCAAAUAUAAAUCUUCUUUGAAAAUA